AUGUCUCUCAAAUCCCAAUACACGGACCUCAAAGCUGCUUUUGCUGCUCAGGACCUUCCCAAGACCGGCAAGCUGCUCACGCAGCUAAAGCUUGGGCUGAUCCAAGCUGGUCUUUUGCUUCCUCAAGGCGACCUCAAUCCCUCUGACCUCUCUGUCGCACGCGAUAUCCUCGAAACCGGCGCUUUCUGGAGUAUUCGCAGUCAAGAUGUACCCUCAUUCGACCGCUACUUCUCCCAACUCCAAACAUUCUACACCGACUACUCAAAUCUCCCCCGCUCCAAAAACGAAUUUGCCAUUCGGGGCCUCCAUCUCAUCCGCCUGUUGACCCAAAAUCGGAUCGCGGACUUCCAUACUGCAUUGGAGAGUCUACCAGCGGACGCACUGGAGAGCCCAUUUAUUGCGCAUCCGGUAAAUCUUGAGCGAUGGCUAAUGGAAGGUAGCUACGCCAAAGUCUGGGGUGCUCGAGCGGAGGCGCCAGCUGCUGAAUACGGCUAUUUCGUGGACAGCUUAAUGGGCACAAUCCGGAAUGAAAUUGCAAGCUGCGAAGAGGCCGCUUACGACAGCUUGCCUCUGAAAGACGCUUCCACCCUUCUUUUCUUCACCAACCAAAGUGAAUUGCUUGUCUUUGCGCAAAAGCGCGGGUGGCUAGUGGAUCUAUCGUCAUCGACCAUCACAUUCGACAAGAAGGGCGAAGAGUCGACAGAAAUUCCGAAAGAGAAACUCAUUGCGGCUUCAUUGAUGUACGCUCGUGAAUUAGAGCAGAUUGUAUAG